ACCUCCAUUUCUCUAGACAGUACUGCCUUAAUUUUUUUUUCAGUGUUAUACAAUUGUAAUUUCACUUUAGCUUUAUCAUUUCAUAAUGGCAACAAAUGAGGCAGUAAGAUGGUUCAUGAUGAUCGGUUUUCUGGUGGUUUCAAUAUCACGAUCUUGUGCUUAUGGAAAGCCGGAAGUACCUUGUUUUUUCAUUUUUGGUGAUUCAUUGCUCGAUAAUGGCAACAAUAACUUCCUCCCAACGUUGAGAGUGAACUACCUCCCCUACGGCAUUGAUUAUCCCACCGGACCAACCGGAAGAUUUUGCAAUGGUCGAACUCCAGUUGACGUACUUGCUGAACUUUUGGGCUUUGAGAAUCACAUCCCACCAUUUGCAACUACUUUCGGCCUGGCCACACUUAGAGGCUUGAAUUACGCAUCAGGCACUUCAGGAAUUCGAGCGGAAACAGGCUCUCAGUUGGGUGUUAAUGUCAACUUUGAUCGGCAGAUACAGAACCACAAAUCUGCAGUCUUGCGCAUUGCUUCCAUACUGAGAAGUAAAGAAUCAGCUAUGAAGUAUUUAAACGAGUGCUUAUAUUAUGUGGGAAUGGGUAACAAUGAUUACCUUAACAAUUACUUACAGCCGCGGUUUUUUAACACCAGCCGCAUAUAUACCCUUGAACAAUAUGCUGCAGUUCUUGUUAGACAAUAUUCCAGCCAAAUCAUGACUUUGUACAAGUAUGGAGCGAGGAAGUUUGCCUUGGUUGGAGUGCAAGAUAUAGCAAAUACGACCUAUGCUUUUAACCAAAAUCUUGUAUCCCUGGUAGAAAAGCUCAACGCCGAUCUUGGAGAUGCAAGGUUCAUCUAUGUCAACUCUUCCUCAGUGACACGUUCAACUUCUGCUG